AUGCCAGAACCAACUGAAGGUGGAGAAGGAGGAAGAGGAGUAGGUGAGCCAGAAGGAAGGAAGUCAAUGGAGUUGGAUCUUGAUCUUGAUAAUUCUUGGCCUUUAGAUCAGAUCUCUUUUAUUUCUUCAAACCCCAUGUCUCCUUUUAUUAUUUCUUCUUCUAAUGAACAGCCGUGUUCUCCUCUUUGGGCUUUCUCUGAUGUUGAUGAUGAUAGACAAGUUGCUGCUGGUCAGGCUUCCUCUGCUUUUGCUGGUGGCCUCCGCUUGUCUGAUUAUCCUAUCUUCCUCACAUGUAAUCCAAAUUCAAUAACUGAACGGCAAGGGGAAAAUGAUGAUAACAGUAAACUUCCUUCUCCAUUUCUGGGAUUGAUGCCUAUCGACAACCCAGAUGGGUAUUGUAUAAUUAAAGAGAGAAUGACACAGGCCCUUAGAUAUUUCAAAGAAACAACUGAACAACAUGUUCUAGCUCAAGUUUGGGCACCUGUGAAGAAUGGGGGUCGGUAUGUAUUGACAACUUCAGGGCAACCCUUCGUUCUUGAUCCUCAUAGUAAUGGACUUCACCAGUAUAGGAUGGUCUCUCUUAUGUAUAUGUUCUCAGUGGAUGGAGAGAGUGAUGGAGAGCUUGGGCUUCCUGGUCGUGUUUUCAGAAAAAAAUUGCCGGAAUGGACUCCUAAUGUUCAGUAUUACUCUAGCAAGGAGUAUUCACGGCUUAAUCAUGCUCUACACUACAACGUUCGGGGAACCUUGGCGUUGCCAGUCUUUGAACCUUCUGGACAGUCUUGUGUCGGUGUGAUUGAGCUCAUUAUGACUUCACAGAAGAUCAACUAUGCACCCGAGGUUGAUAAAGUCUGCAAGGCACUUGAGGCAGUAAAUUUGAAAAGUUCAGAGAUAUUGGACCCUCCAAGCAUACAGAUUUGUAAUGAAGGUCGCCAAAAUGCACUAGCCGAAAUUUUGGAGAUAUUGACAAUGGUGUGUGAAACUCACAAAUUGCCUUUGGCCCAGACAUGGAUUCCGUGCAUGCAUCGCAGUGUUCUGGCCUAUGGUGGUGGUCUGAAGAAGAGUUGUACCAGCUUUGAUGGCAGUUGCAAUGGGCAAGUCUGCAUGUCCACUACUGACGUGGCAUUCUAUGUAGUGGAUGCUCACAUGUGGGGUUUUCGGGGGGCCUGUCUUGAGCAUCACUUACAAAAGGGUCAGGGUGUUGCUGGGAGAGCAUUUUUGUCCCAAAACUCAUGCUUCUGCCCAGAUAUUACCCAGUUCUGCAAGACUGAGUAUCCUCUAGUGCAUUAUGCACGGAUGUUUGGAUUAACCAGCUGCUUUUCAAUCUGCUUGCGGAGCAGUUAUACUGGAGAUGAUGAUUACAUCCUUGAAUUUUUCUGCCCCCUUGCAUCACAGAUGGUCACAAACAGAAGACUUUGUUAG